GCAGGCUUAAACAGUCGUUUGUCGAGCUGCGCAGUGUUCGGACGUGCUUUGAGAGUGAUCCAAGCGAGAAUAAACAAAUUGUAAUGAAUUUCCUAAUCGUAGUUUUGGCAGCUGUUUGCCUAGCGGCGACGUCAGCAUCGCCGCUAAGCCAGAGUCAGCGGAACGAGAAGCAAGUUCAAGAGGAGUUGCCUGCCAAGGGUGCUACCAUUGAGGAAGUUGUUCUCCAAUCCAACCUGCACAUUAAGCCCAAGCGAGAGCAAGUGCGACGCGUACGUUCCACCAUGGACGAAGUUCUACGUGAGAUCUACGCCACUCAUAAGCGCGUCAAGCGUCAGGGCUCACGUCGCGGCGGUCAGGCCGGAGGAAGAGGUCAAGCUGGCGGCAUCUCAACCAACGUGAAUUUGGGUGCUAAUAACAAUGGUGGCUUUGCCGAUGCUGGUUUCAAUUUGGGAGGAUUUAGGCCCGUGGGUCAAAAUGGUCACAGUCAACAGCAGUCGGCCACAAAUGCUGCUGCAAAUAACAACUUCAACGGUGGAUCCUCGGGAGCUAUUGGACAGUCUCAGGCCUUCCAGUCGCAGUCUGGUAAUGCGAAUUUCGGUGCAGGCUCCGCUAGCACGGGUACGCUAUCGCAUAAUGGUAACAACAAUGCUGGCAGUGCCUCACACUCUCAGCUUUUCGUGCUCCCCAAUGGUCAAACCGUUAACUUUGCCUCAUCAAAUAACUUUGCCAAUAGUGGUUUAAAUAAUGCCGGCGGUCGCGGUAGCGCCGUAUCUGUGUCAGGUUAAUUCCCGUAAAUACUCGUAAAUGAUUUACAUAAAGUAAUAAGAAUACUCUUGCUAACUUCUAAAUUAAGAGUAAAUAUUAAACCAUUUUAAAACUUUUAGAAUCUAUACUUAAAAAAGGA